AGAGGGCAACUGUUGGCAUUGGUUAGGCGAGUUCCGGCAAGACAACGACAAAGACCACGACAACAGCUGCAUCUAAAAAUGUGGAGAUUUCUGUUAAUCUGUAGCUUACACUUGAUUUAUGCCUCAGAUCAUGGAGGCGAAGGCAUUGGAGAUGGUCACUACGGAGCAAGUGGUGGGGGAGGAGGCGGCGGCGGGGGUGGUGGAGGACACUAUCAUCAUCAGGGUACGCCCACAACAUAUUCGGAAAUCUCUAAGCAUGUACCCGUUCAUGUUAUCGAGAAAAUUCCACUUCCUAUACCCCAUCCCGUGGCUGUAAAGGUUCCAAAUGUCAUUCAUUUGCAAAUACCAGAACCCUAUGCCGUUCAUGUGCCUGUCCAGCAGGAGAUUCAGGUGCCAGUCUAUAAAAUUGUACCAGAAAUCACAGAAAGAAAGAUACCCUACACAGUGGAGAAACCGUAUCCUGUGGAAAUCGAGAAACCGUAUCCCGUUGAGGUAAUCAAACAGAUUAAAAUUCCGGUGCCGAAACCGUAUCCAGUGCCAAUAACCAUCUACAAACACGUGUUGCAUAAGGAACACGGUUGGUAAUCGAUUCGACGAGUAUUAAAUAAGUGUCCCCUAGGCCAGUUUGAAAAAUUGUUAAU